ACCCGACCAAUCGGAUCCGAGAACGUGGUUUGCCAGAGAAAGACGUGGCAUGUUGUCUGCUAGUACCGUCAGUUGAUUCCGUAGACGAAAGUUCUUGUUCCUCCAGCCGGCAGUUGUGUAGAAAGAACUUGGUAUAGUUGGACGUGGAAUUUUGGGUUUUAACGAAACUGCCUACUUUAUCAAUAGACUCUUUGCGUUCAAUUGCAUUUAAGAAGUAAAAUGAACAAGUUUAUUUUAAUUGGAUUUUUUCUCUCUGUCAUUGCCAUUUUUGACAGUUAUGCACUUAAACCAUCUGAUUGUGAAGUUUGUUUUGGAGUUGUUGAAAAAUUUGCUGCAGGAUUGACAUCCAAGGAAAAGAAAGACCCUAAGUUGAUAGAAGAUAAAUUCAGAAAAUUUUGUAAAACAGCCAAAGGAAAAGAUCACAGAUUUUGCUAUUAUCUUGGUGGCUUAGAGGAGUCAGCUACAGGAAUUCUAAGUGAAAUGUCAAAGCCCCUGUCUUGGUCCACGCCUGUUGACAAGGUCUGUGAGAAGCUCAAAAAGAAGGACAACCAGAUUUGUGACUUGAGAUAUGAGAAAAGUAUUGACGUGAAAACUGUUGACCUGAAAAAACUCAAAGUUCGUGAUUUGAAGAAAAUCUUGAGUGACUGGGAUGAAACAUGUGAGGACUGCAUUGAGAAAGGAGACUUCAUUAAGAGAAUAGAAGUGCUCAAGCCCAAAUAUGUCAAAGAAGAAUUGUAA